AUGGGUAAAAUCGCAAAGAUGGAGUACUUCCGAGUACCACCCAGGUGGUUAUUCGUGAAGAUCACCGAUGAGGCGGGCAACGUCGGCUGGGGCGAAGCAUCUCUCGAGGGCCACACUCAAGCCGUGGAAGGCUGUCUCGACGCCUGGUUUGAGAGGUACUCGGGCAUGGAAGCUGAUGAUAUUGAGCACAUUUGGCAAAUGUCGUGGCGGACAACCUUCUACCGUGGCGGUCCAGUCUUCAUGAGCGCGUUGGCAGGCAUCGACAUUGCCUUGUGGGAUCUCAAGGCUAGAAAGCUGGGCCUGCCAAUUUGGCAGCUUCUGGGAGGAAAGGUCAGAGACAAGCUCAAGGUCUAUGCAUGGAUUGGUGGUGACCGACCAAACGACGUGGAACAGCAGGCACGAGCCCGCAAGGAACAGGGAUUCAAAGCCGUCAAGAUGAACGGCACAGAAGACCUCGGCUGGCUCGACUCCCCCGACGCCCUCGACGCAGCCGUCGAACGCGUCAAGGCCGUAAAAGCCCUCGGCAUGGACGCCGGCGUCGACUUCCACGGCCGCGUACACAAGCCCAUGGCCAAGCAACUCGCAAAGGCCCUAGAGCCGCACCGUCCGCUCUUCAUCGAGGAACCCCUGCUAUCCGAGCACCUGGGCGGCAUCAAGGAGAUCAGCCACCUCACCUCGAUCCCGAUUGCCCUCGGCGAGCGUCUACACAGCCGCUGGGACGUGAAGCCGUUCCUCGAGGCCGGGUGUGUGGACAUACUGCAGCCUGAUAUUUCUCACGUCGGUGGAAUUUCCGAGAUGCGAAGGAUCGCGGCGAUGGCGGAGGCGUAUGAUGUUGCGCUGGCGCCGCAUUGUCCGCUGGGACCGAUUGCAUUGGCUGCGAAUGCGCAGGUUGAUUUUGCGUCGCCGAACUUUGUGAUUCAGGAGAUGAGUUUGGGGAUUCAUUACAAUAGCACGGGUCAGGACCUGACGAGUUAUACUCAUAACCCGGAGGUGUGGAAGGUUACGGAUGGCUAUAUUGAUCUUCUUACUGGGCCUGGCUUGGGCAUUGAGAUUGAUGAGGCGCAAGUUCGUGAGUUAUCUAAGGACGCGAAGGCUUGGGUCAGCCCUGGAUUCAUUGGACCUGGUGGAGAGAUCAGAGAGUGGUAG